GUGCCAUCAAGAAAAUUCUACGCUAUCGAACCGAUGUUGACGAGCCAAUGGAACUUAGAGUUUAUAAAAAACCAGAUAUAAACUUUAAUUGCACAAGUUAUACGGAAAUGAUCAAUUUGAAUGAUAUAAAUAUCGUAUUUGAACCACCAUUCACGCGAAGCAUUCCGUACGAUACAUUGAAAGAAUAUUUAAAUCAAGAUGAUCCACCGUUUAAUGAUCCAAAAAUUCCAUCACACAUACAAGGAACGGAACGACAUGUUCAAUUGCUAGCUAGCGUUUCCAAACGGGUUAUACCGGAAAAUGUAGAGGCUGUUAUGGCGACGACAUUAGAGAGCCGUGCGAAAUUGCCCAGACUUGAAAGUAGAAAAGACUUCAAACAAUAAUUUUUUUAGUUCCUUUUCUAU